AUGGCAAUUAUUGAGUAUGCUGCUAAGUUCAAAGAACUGGGCAACAAAGCUCGUUCUGCUCACUAUAAGAGUCUUUGUGAGAAGAAAGGGAAGAAUCCGUAUCGUGGGAAAUCUUAUAAUGCUCCGGCUGACAAAGGGAAGCAUAUGGUUUCAUAUGAGAAAAAUACAAGUGGGGGAGGGACUCUCGCUUCUAUCAAGUGCUUUAAGUGUGGGGUUGCAAGUCACCAUGCCAAUGAUUGCAAGAGUUCUAAGAAGACGGGACAUCUUAUUGUUGAUUGUAAGAGUAAUAGUCUGACUCGCUUCAACUGUAGGGAGAUAGGUCACAUUAUUACUCAUUUCCAGAAACCUAAGAAGGUUCAGUUUGGAGGGAAGUAUUUCGUGGAUUGUUGUAUUAACACGGGUGCUACACAAUCUUUUAUUUCACUUGAUUGUGAUGAAAGGUUGGGUUUAAGGUUGUUUUCUAUGGCUGGGAGUAUGAUUAUUGAUACCCCAACUAAUGGUUUGGUGACUACUUCUUGGGUGUGUUUGAAUUGUCUGGUAACUAUUUAUGAAUUUGAUGCAAUUGACGAGUUAUUUGUUUCUCCUAAGAAAGAGGAUAACUUCAUGAAGGAUGAUGAUGAGGUGUUUAUGGUAUUAGCUUCUAUGAAGGAGAAAGCUAAGUUGUGA